CCAAGCCUUUCAGUCUCGAGUUGAAACUGGUGGCAGAAACAGCACCCGCCGAGCGAUCGUUUUCACGCCAUCUUUGUUUCGCGGGGAGUUGCGUUUUCGCGAUCGUAUAACAAUUGUUGUUGUGACGGACUGACGGAGUGACGGGGCGCGCGUUGAGUUCUCAUCCGCUGCCUGCGACAGGCAGGCGUGCGUGCAAGGUGCCGAUUAGCGUGAGACGCGACCUCCGCGUUUAUAUUUUUUUCCUUCUUUCGCAUCAAUGCACUCUGCAUGGCUCAAGACCGGAGUUGAUGUUGAGCAAGCACUUUUCCAGUUUAGUGGCGAUACUGUUGAUCAACCCAAACCGCUCCAACGCGCGACAUGGUUUGUGAAAGAAAAAGAGAAAAUCCGUGGUCAAACUCAACAUGAAGCUCGUCAUCGGAAGGACUGAUGCGAGAGGUCACUCCGGCCGGUGACAUACUUCUUGGCUCGGGGUAAUACCUGAAAGUGAGAGUGUAGAUUCAAGGAAGCCUACGUGCGCGGUGGUGAUUCCAAACCGGAAGGUUCCACGUGAUUCAGUGCGCGGUGUUGACAAGGCGUCGACAAUUGGAAGAUUUUUAAUUCGUGGUCCGGAAAUUGAUUUCACAUCUACAUUUUUGUCCAUUGUGAAGGACGAAAUUUGAAAACCAAAAAGACGACAGAGCUGAUGCGCGUCUAAUGAGCGCAAAGAAGUUAUGGUCUACUUUGCAAAUCUGAAGUGAAGGUGUGGUGUUUUCAACCAAAAAAGCAAAUAAUGGUGAAUGGUGAAUAAUAAAUCAACUGUUAAACCGUUGGUUGUAAUAAACGGAUUUACCGUGACUUCCACGUGGAUCGCUGAAUUUAGUGUGGUACAUGUUUUUGAAUAGUGUUGUGAACAAUAAUGUGAUGGAUCCAAGAUUAUCAUCGGUGUGUGAACAAGUGAUUAGCCGCAGGCAGCGAAUUUUGCAACCUCUCUAAAAGUGCAAACAGACAUGAACAAUUCAGAUGCGGUUACUAUACAGUGGGGAUGAGUCAUUAUGCAUUAAAAUCAAUAAUUAUGCAUUGCCGUCCCGGUUGCAGUUGCAUUGGCCACAGAAGAUGGCAUGGAAGUGCUAGUGGUAGUGAUAGUAUUGCCGGUGUUCCAGCAAGGGAUUGUAACCGUCCAACGCCAGCCAACGAUCCGAUCAUGAGAUAGGAUUCAUGGGGUUGGGAGAGCAAUGGCGCGCAAAUCGAAUCGGUUGAACCGCGCGCAGAAGAAGGAAUGCACCGAGUUCCGAAAGUGUGACUAACAUUGCAUUGCAGUGUCUGGUGGAACAAAUAUAGCUGUCCAUAACCGUGUUAAGUGUAACCAAUAUUGCGAGAGAUACGUUUUGGGAAAGUGACAGAAGUGAUUUGUUACCAUGAAUACUGUCAGAUAGGAGCAUCUGCAUACAUAAUUCGAUAUCGCCUGAGGAGAAUCGAGUGAGUCGAUUUUCCUCCCAUAUUGACAUCGGUCACGAUGAGGAAAAUCGAUGCCACCAAUGCAAAAUACCUCCUGCACUAUCUAUACUAUACUCGGGAUGACGAACAGUUUCGUUUUUAUAAAAAGUCAAGAUCAUCAAUAUUCCGCGGCGUUGUGUUAUGCCUCUGCCUGAACCUGACCUACGCCAAUGUGUCCCGCUUCCCACGCGAGCUGCAGCUGCACGGAUCGGCCUUCCUCGUGCCCUACGUGAUACUACUGCUCCUGGUCGGCCUGCCGGUUGUGCUGCUGGAGAUAUCCAUGGGUCAGUUCCUCGGCCAGGGAUCGGCGCAUAUGUGGCGCGCGGCGCCCUUCCUCAAGGGCGCAAGUUUGGUCGGUCGAAUCGCGUCCUGGCUGGCAGCGAUCUGGACCUCGAUGCAAUCGGUGAUUGCUCUGCUUUACGUCGGAAUGUUAUCAUUCAAAUCUGUGCCAUUUAGAGAGUGUAAUAAGGCAGUCAUUAUCAACCAGCAGUCCAUUCAUAACGGUUACGAUGUAGAACCAAACAGCGGACAGGAAUGUUUGAAAUUAACGUUUCUACGUCCGGUUUGGCGGAAUUCACUUUACUUUGGACUGCUGUCGUUAAGUUUGAUACUUUUGUGGGUCAUUUCGAUGGUGUGCACACACAGCGGAAAGAUCAACAGACGGUCAAUUUAUCUGUUUGGGUUCCUUGCCUUGAUUCUGUUGAUUUUUGAGACCGGCUGGGAAGUGACGAAAGCCAUCAAUGAGGACUAUAUACCCGAGAUUUGGCCAUUCUAUCCGGAAUCAUUCGCGGACAGUACGGUAUGGUUCAACGCGCUCGUGCAGGUUAUCUACUCUCUCAACAUCGGUAUCGGAGCCCUACCGGUCAUUACCGGAAAGUUUCUGUACAAAGGAGAUGCCAUUAAAACAUCGUUUGUCUACAUAUUCUUCAACAUUCUUAUAACAACGAUCGCCGUCAUAUUCUACGUAUUCCAGUUCCACAAUAACGCUGACGAUCCCCACCUUCUGUAUCCGGAGCUGAUCACGCUGACAGCCAUCUAUGACCGAGCGGUGACGGUUCACGAACCGGAACCAGUUCUGCAGCGAUUGAUUCCAGCGCUUUCCUUCGCACUGCUUUUCAUCUCGUCGAUUGUCUCGGUCACGAUCUACGUUUACACCUCGACGCGAAUCAUCCGAAAGCACCCAAACUACACCGUGUGUCUGGCGGGGCUAGUUGUCGCAAUAGCUGGACUAUUGUGCCCGAACUACAUCUUCCCCCGCAUCCUGGACACACGGAUCGUGGGAUCACUGAUCGUUUGCGCGAUGAUUUUCGAAAUCAUUUUGAUCAUUUGGGUGUAUGGGUCGAAAAAUUUGUACACCGAUUUGGAGUUUUCGCUGGGACGGCCGGUGCUGAAGGCGUGGCUGUUCAUUUGGGGCAUCAUUCCGGUACUAUUGAUAGCGAUCCUAUCCUGGUGGUCAAUCACUUAUUAUGAUAAUGAUCUGCUGAUCGACUUCUUCCCCAAGUGGCUACCGAUAGUGUUCAGCUUGGGUGUCAUAAUGUUGCUGGCUUGUGUUGAGAUCAGCAAGCAAGUGGACUACAAUAUUUUCAGUAUGAUCCACGGUGCAACGAAACCAUCCAAAGACUGGGGACCAGCGGAUCCUCUGGUGCGUCAUGCUUGGAAGCAAUGGAAGUCCGUAUGCGAAGACACCGGAGAAAGAGACUUCACGUUGAGGCGGCGUGGCACAAAGGAUUACACCAACUCUAUCAAAAAAGGCCAGUACUCUCACUCGAACAAAUAUGGUUCUUCAAACAGAAACCUCUCCACUGCAGGAAGCAAUUCACCGAAUUACAGCGGAUCGGUAUUUGGAGAUUCAGCCAUCGAGGAGGACAUGAGCGUAGAUAAGUAUCCGCAAUAUAGACAGCAACAUUCCGCUUACAGUGUGGACUCCAGUCAGGACAAAUCACCGCGAACUUCCGCCAGCUCAAGGAAGUCUUCCCACGCGGAUAAACGAACUCCGAGCGAACGAAGCCAAGCGGGGCUGAUUAGCUCGAGGAAAACCUCGGACAACAGUUACACUUCUCGGAUCGAAAUAAUGGCCGAUGACAACGCCUACCGGGGACCUCAGGUCCUCAGGAACCCUCUGGCUAAAACGGAACAAAAUGGCAAACCGAAUCAUCACUUGGCUCCGCCGGCACCGAUACAUCACAUAUCUAGCCAACAAAACCACCUUCCGCAGAAACAGAAGCAACUGAAUCAGUUGAAUGCUCAAUCCGCGAAUCCUUUCCCGGAAAAUGGCUAUAACCGUGAUAUCUACAUCAGUAACGGUCAGCCCGAUCAUAUCUGCUGGCGGAAAUUCUCUAUGAACUCCGAGGAAUAUUCCACCGAGCUUUAAAACUGUGGCUCAAUUUCAAGCAGAGCUUUUCGUCCCCUCCGGUUCUUAGGAAAUCGUAAUCAAUUGUUUAAAUUCUGUACAUAUUAGUUAAUGGUUGGAGCGUCGUGGUAAGAGCCUGACAUAGUUUAGAGAUAAUUUAAAGAAAGGGAUCGUUGAAAUGCGCGAGAAAUGCCAAUCUUAUUUAUUAUAUCAAUUGAACCCAAAAACGAAACUAAUUACGUGUAAUUUUUAGAUAUUAUUCCUCUACAGUCGUGAUCAAAUGUUCAAGAGCAUCCAUUCGUUAUUCUUUCUUUUUGCAUGUACAAUUUGUUAUGAAUAUGUAGGAUAAUAACUUCGAGGGAUUGUAGGCAAUUUACCCUAAUUUGUAGGUCUACGGGAAUAAUAGUAUUUCUGUUCCCGAUUAGACACUAGCCUGUUAGUGGAAACACACACACACACACACACAUUCACACACACACACACACACACACACACCGAAUAGUGCUUCUUUUUCGAAAGGUAUGGAAAAGAAAGAACAUAAAUCAUAGUAUUAACUUUUUGAGCUGGUAUAAACAUUCCGAAAAACUGUUUCUUGUAUGAUUGUUUUUCCAAGGGAAGAAAUUCCGGUGGGAAACUGCUCUAAAAUAAAGUGCCAAUGCCAAGAAUAAUUAAAUUUACACUAAGAAAGGCAUGAUGAACAUGAAACGGAAGAAUAUACUGUUCUCAAUUAAAUGCUCCCAGCUGUCAAUUAUAAUGUGAUGUUUUACUAUCGCUCCACAGGGUGAUUAUCGAUUUAGUUUAACAAACGGUGAUUGUACUUCCCGGUGGUCUUAAAUAUUUGAUCGCUGUUGUAAUACGUUGGUAAAUAGUACUUGUUAAUAUGGUUCGUAGUUAUACUGAGGAAACAUACAUUCCCUGAGUUUUCAUUUAGUGCAUAUGACUGAUUGAAAGAUGACCAAAUAUUUGUUCGCUCUUCACUGUUAUAAAAAAAAGGACAAAAACAAAACACAAUGCCUAAUAUGGGAUUUAAAACGAUUUAGUAAUCUAGGUGACGUUGGUAGUCAUGAAUCUUUAAAAAAAUCUAUCCAAAGUAAGCUGAUUGAACUAGAGCUUUUGACAGUGUAAAUAUCAGAGAUGA